AUGGCGGGACGUAAGAGAAAUGGUGUACGAUCUCCCCAAGCGGAAAAAGAUGCAGAUUACGAAGAAAAAAGGCGGCGAAAUAAUGAAGCAGUCAAUCGGACCCGUGAAAAGAAGCGACAAGAAGAAACAGAGACUGCAAAAAAGGUCGAGGAACUCAGAGCAGAGAACGAAAAGCUCGAAAGACAGGUUGAAUCUCUACAAAAAGAGCUAUCUUUCCUAAAAGAAAUGUUUGUCGCCUACACGAGUGGAGGUAAAAAGACUGCUAGCGAUGUACCGUCUUCGUCAUCAAGUUCAACUUGA